GAAUAGACUGCACGUUUGAGUCGUCGGGGCGCGGAACAACGGAUACUAAGCAGACCGACAAUUGGAAAUUGGCACUAGGAGUCAGGACGCUGUGUGUGCCAGAUCUGGAGGCGGCCUGAGAGGACCGGAGAUGGAGCACCGCAGCCGGGCUGGACAGCCCCUGUCCGCAUCUGCGCAGAGGAUCCUGGCUGCGCUGAGGGCCCAGCACGCAGACAGAGGGGCCCUGCGCAGACAGAGGUCUGUGCCUUCAGCAGGAGAAACAGGAGGAGCCGUGCUGAGGCGAAUUCAGGAGGAGGGCAGCUGGAGCAGAACACAGCAGGGCUCAACCACAGGGGAUCAGAGAGGAGCUGGCAGAUCGUGGUCCAGGGGUCACCUCGGGGAUCACCUGCAGGUGGAGGGGAUCAGGGACCGGCCUUCUCCACCUCCCUACGCACAUAUCCCAGAGCUGAGCUGGAACAGCAGGAGUGGAGGGCGGGCCCCAGCAGUCGGUGUUCCCCUUUCACCCCAGGGGCCCCCAGAGGAUGAGGGUGGGAUCAGGGGCAAUGGGGCGGGUCCUGAAAGGGAGAGUGGGGCCAGGCAGCUGCUGCUUCAGUCUGACAUCAUCAACAUGGGAGGGGCUCAGGCUAGCGGCCAUGGGGAGAGGGAGGGGCCGUGCAGAGUGGCAGGCCGAGAGGAGCCAGUGCUGGGGGCCCUGAACCACCCAGUAUGCCAGGCAGGGCCUCAGGGUGGACGGAGGCAGUUUGGGAGACUGCUGCUACCGCCGUGGAACCGCGUGUCAAAGGAAGGGGAGCAGGCAGGGCGGGGCAAAGAGGGGGCGGAGUCUGAGAAGGGGCUUGCCGAAGCGCUGGGGGACGGACAGAUCAGGAGCUUUGGAGGAGGGUCGUGGCCUGCGAGAGAGGCGGCAUUCCGGUUGCCUGGAGACAGCGUAACGCAGGGAGGUGAUUGGGUUGGAUGGGGACGCGGUGAGAUGCUCCGCUUUGGGCGGUCCCUGCAGAGGGAUGGCGUGGUCGAGGAUGCAGAAGAGAGGCGCUGCAGAAAUGGUGCGCUGUUAGGGAUGCAGCCAGCAGUGCAGGGGGGGUUCCAGGUGACCUCGCCCUCUGGGUGGGAGGCCGCCCCUACAGAGAUAGAGUGCUUCAGGAACCCCGCCUGGAGCGACACUGGAGCAGGGGACCAGCUAGCGAUGUAUAGGGAGGAGGACAGUCUGAGUCCAUUUAGGCACACUGUGCUACAGGAGGACCAUUUGGUGUGCUAUAGGGAGGAACAGGUGGAAGACUACAGGGUGGAACAGGCAGAAGGCUACAGGGAGGAACAGCCAAGAGCCUACGGGGAGGAACAGCCGGGAGGCUACAGGGAGGAACAGGCCAGAGGCUACAGGGAGAAACAGCCAAGAGCCUACGGGGAGGAACAGCCGGGAGGCUACAGGGAGGAACAGGCCGGAGGCUACAGGGAGGAACAUGCAGGGGGCUACGGAGCAGAACAGGCGGGAGGCUGCAGGGAGGAACAGGCCGGAGGCUACAGGGAGGAACAUGCAGGGGGCUACGGAGCAGAACAGGCGGGAGGCUGCAGGGAGGAACAGGCCGGAGGCUGCAGGGAGGAACAGGCCGGAGGCUACAGGGAGGAACAUGCAGGAGGCUACAGGGCAGAACCGGCCGGAGGCACCAGGGAGGAACAGCCGGGAGGCUCCAGGGAGGAACAGGCCGGAGGCUACAGGGCAGAACAGGCCGGAGGCUGCAGGGAGGAACAGCCGGGAGGCUCCAGGGAGGAACAGGCCGGAGGCUACAGGGCAGAACAGGCCGGAGGCUACAGGGAGGACCAGGCGGGAGGCUGCAGGGAGGAACAGCCCGGAGGCUGCAGGGAGGACCAGGCGGGAGGCUGCAGGGAGGAACAGGCCGGAGGCUGCAGGGAGGAACAGGCGGGAGGCUGCAGGGAGGAACAGGCGGGAGGCUACAGAGACUCUGAGAGGGAUCCACACUCUGAGUAUCAGGACAACAGAGAACACACAGGAAGUGCGGCAGUGUGUCCUUCGCUCACAGAAGGUCAGAUGGAGACGUCCAAUCAGGACAGGCCCAAUGACACCGCCUCUCAGGUGAAUGGGACUGACCAUGGGGACAGCUCAGAGGCUGCAGGUGUUGGCAGUGGAAGACUGGAGUCCGGUGUGGAUCUGGCCCUGGAGAGCUCCUGCCCCAUCAAGGAGAUCCCAGCUAACAGCGAGUGUACCCCCCCUGCCCCCUCCACCACGGGCCCGUCCUGCCCGGACCACUCCCAGCCCCUGCCUCGCCGUGGCAACAGCCAGGGCACAGCCAACCGGGUCGUCCCUCUGAAGAGGAGGCGGGCCUCCCCUCCACCCAAGAGCUCUGGUGCUAAGAGGCCGGGGAGGUGGGAGCCCCCGCGCCCGUCCCAGGAGAGGAGGAGCAGGGGCGUGACUCAGACACCCACGCCCCCGGCCCCCUCCCCAGCCCCCGAGGCAGGCGGGGAGGGCCUGAACACACACGGGGUGACGUCCGAGUCCCACAGCCCCCCAGGACCACAAGCCCCACCCGAAUUGCCCAAACCCCUCAAAGAGAAACGGGCGGGGCGCGGCGGGCGGGGUCAGGAAACCCACCGCCGCGAGGAAGGGCAGGAGCCGUCCUGGGCGCCGACCUCUGACCCCGCGGUGCGGGACGCCAGCCGGUUCAGCCGGGAGGAGAGGGCCCAGGCGCUGCAGGAGGUCGCCCGUGCCCCCGCCCUGGUCCUCACCAUGGUGUACCAGGACGGCAGUACCCAGCUCUGCCCAAAGCAGAAGUCCCUCCCCUCGGCGUGCGGUGUGCUGGUCCUGCUGAAGCGGAGCCUGGACGUGACCGGGCCGGAGGAGACGCCGGGCCCCGGCGACAGCCUCGUCUUCCUCCGGCUGGAGCAGCGGCCGGCCUGGGCCCAGCAAGACCUGGACCGGGACCAGGACCUCUUCACCAGAGAGGUGGUGCAGCGGGUGGUGUCGGCUGGCCAGGUGGUGGUGUGCUACAAAGCCAAGGACCUGCUCCGCUCGCUGCUGCAGCACUUCAGAGGAGACCUCGGCUGGAAGCAAGUGGCCCAGUGCCGCAUUCUGGACCCUCAGAUUGCAGCUUGGCUGCUUGAUCCGGCCGACUCCGCCUCCUGCUUCCAGGACUUGGUAACCAAACACUGCAGGAGACCAGCCAAGCACCCACUGCAGCCCCCGGCAUCCGGCAAGGCAUCUAACCUGGGCAUCAGCCUCUCCCUGCUCUACCAGCUCAUGAUGGAGCUGCGCUCAAACCUGCAGGCUCAGGGGCUGUGGGAGCUCUUCUCCAGCAUGGAGCUCAGCAUGAUUCCAGUGCUGGCAGCCAUGGAGAGCCAUCGCAUCCAUGUGGACAAGGAGGCUCUGAAGAGGACCUCGGAAAUGCUGGGGGCGAAGCUGAAACAGUUGGAGCAGGAAGCCCACAAGGCAGCGGGGCAGCAGUUCCUGGUGUCCAGCAGCGCUCAGCUCCGAUUGGUUCUGUUUGAGAAGCUGCGGCUGCAGGAUCGCUGUGAGAACAGGAAGCUGCCCAAGACCGUGCUCAAGCAGCAGCAGUCCACGUCUGAAGCAGUGCUUCUGCAGCUCCAGGACCUCCAUCCACUGCCCAGGAUCAUACUGGAGUACAGACAGGUUCACAAGAUAAAAUCGACCUUCGUUGAUGGGAUUCUGUCGUGCAUGAAAAAGACGUACGUCUCCUCCACCUGGAACCAGACCAGCGCAGUGAGCGGGCGUCUGUCAGCCAAGCAGCCUAAUUUCCAAGCCCUUCCCAGACAGCCUGUUCAGAUCAGUAAGAAGCAGUACAUCCCAGGAAAGCAGGCGGAGGUGGUGACGGUUCACCCGCGCGACAUGUUCAUACCCCAGGAGGGCCGCACCUUUUUGGCCGCCGACUUCUGCCAGGUGGAGCUGCGCCUCCUGGCUCACCUGACCUCUGACCCUGAACUGCUGCGGCUCUUCCAGGACCCGGAUGCAGACGUCUUCUCCAUGCUGGCCUCACAGUGGAAGGGAGUCCCUGAAGACCGGCUGAACCCGGAAGACAGGGAGCACGCCAAGCGCAUCGUCUACUCCGUGGUCUACGGAGCAGGCAGGGAGCGUCUCUCUGGGAUUUUGGGGGUCAGCGCAGAGCAGGCCAGUCGGUUUGUGGACAGUUUCCUGCAGAGGUACAGAGAGGUGCAGAACUUCAUACAGAGGACCAUCCAGCAGUGUCAAAAACAAGGAUACGUGGUGUCUAUAAUGGGACGUCGGCGGUCUCUGCCUAACAUUCACUCUGCCGACUGGGCUGUCCGGAACCAGGCAGAACGGCAGGCCGUGAACUUUGUGGUCCAAGGCUCUGCAGCAGACCUCUGUAAGAUGGCCAUGAUCCGCAUCUUCUCCCUGGUGUCCUCUUCCUCCUCCCUCACACCCAGGUUGUUGGCCCAGAUUCACGAUGAGCUACUCUUUGAGGUGGAAGACUCCCAGGUGGAGGACUUUGCAGCUUUGGUUCAGACCACCAUGGAGUCGCUGCAGCACAUUGACUCGCUUGGAGUUCAUCUCAAGGUCCCUCUGAAGGUGGUGGUGUCGAGCGGCAGGUCGUGGGGCUCCAUGUCGGAGCUGCACCUCCCCCCCGCUCCUCCACGCCCGGCUCUCUGAGCCUCUGUCUGGAUGCUCAUUGCUAGGCAACCGCUGGCAGCUGCAGCUUCUGCUGCACCUCGUUCUGCAGAAUUCUCCCGCACUCGCUGUCUGUAUCCGGGGGCAACGGCAGAGGCUCCAGACUGGAUCGCACCAGUUCCUUUUUUUUUUUUUUGCCAAUUUUCUAUUUUCUCCUCUUCUCUUUUCCCCUCUCUUCUGUCUCUCCCGCUCCUCUGUUCUCACUUGAGCAGGCAAGGCCAGUCUGACCGUGUGAAGGUUUCGUCUGAUUCGCUUUUAUUCAGGACUGUCUUUGUAAAGGCGCUGACGCUGCUAUCACUUCAAAUUGCCUUACCAUCGGAAUGCAAGGUGCCAGAACCUAUUUUAGACAUGAGCCUUUUGGAUUUGAACUGUUUAAAUGUUCAACGCUGCAUCUAUUCUAGGAUCCACAAAGUCAGAGCCUCCAGCAGUAUUUAUUUUCCUGUUGUUAUAAUAGUACGCAUUCAUAAAAGCCUCUUUUUUCAGGCCGAAGCAUGAACUGAAAAUGAUUGCGGAAGUAGAUUUCAGUGUUGGGGUUCUAAUGAAUUUUGUAUGCUGUUUUCCAAUUGACAUUGCUGUUCUGUAGCUCUGUCUUCACAUUGUCCCCAUUUAAGAAUUUUGACAGUUAAUAUGUUUAAUGUUGAAGCGCUUUGUGAAUUUAAAUUUUGAACUAAAAUUUGAAAUGGCGUGUUGCUUGCUUGAGUGCAGUGAUUGCACCUUUCCCCUGAGCGCGUUGGGCAAUCCCUUAUUAGUGCGUUUGGCAGCAGUGUGCGUAGGCCUUUCUUUUUUUGUCUCUGUGGCUUUGUGGCCUUUUGAGCACAAAUAUGCCCUCACACAUUCCCACACAUGCAUACGCGCACACAUACACACACACACACACACACACACACACCCUCUCAGCAACAGACCCGCUGACCCAGUUUCACUCUGGCUAAUGAAUGUCUCACUUUCAGGUGUUAUGUGCAGUGCAUUGUGGGAUGACUGGGCACCCUGUGGUCUUAUUUCGAGCCUGUUGAAGCACUGGGGCCUGAACACUCAGGCCUAAAUCCGUUAGAGUGUUAGAUGGACCAAAACAUCAGGAACUAGGCUCUCCGAUCAUUAAAAAAUACAUUUAUUGCAUUUUUUUAUGUCGGCACUCCCCAAAAUGAGUCAUUUACUGACUGUCCGAAUGGCCGUUUGGCUCAGUGCGCAGUGCCGCAGAAUGUUCCGGGAGCUGGGAACACUCACUCACCAGCUCUGACCUAACGGGCCCUGUCAGGGGUUCACUGAGAUCCAGUUUAGCCUCAUCAUUUGAUUUUCUUUUUUUUUUUUUUGAUUCCUACUUUACAAACAAAAGCAGUACCUGCUGCAGUGAUGGACUGAUGGACAAGAGGGAUAUGGACUGAUGGACAAGAGGGAUUUCUCAAGGCAGUACAGGAUGGGCGUGGGCAGGGGGCGUGGCUCUCUUACACUGAACACGCACGGAUUCUAAAUUGCGGAGAAAAAACUACAACUAUUACAAUUUCAUAUUUGCUGUUUUAUUUGUGCUAUAUGCUUCUUACUACGUUGGCUCUUAAAAUAUGACCUGAGAUCUGUAUGGAGUAGGAAAAAAGUCGGCCUUCAGUGUUACGCAAAGCACGAUAUCCUGCUGAACACUUCAGACUCUCCUACCAAAUACAUUUGCCUACUGAACACACUGUCCUACCCGCUUCUGGUCAAAGUGAAUGGUGAAUGCUGAAGCCAUAUGGAGAGAUUUGAUAAGACUGUUCCUGAUUGGACAUGGUGGACGCACACAACCCUGAGCAGGGCUGGACAGCUCGAGUCACAGAUAAACCCAUUUCCCAGAAAACCACCAUCAUAAAGGGUAACGUACACACUGCCUCCCAAAGCUCUUCCCUGCAUGUACACAGUAUUUAGUGUUUGUGUGUGUGUGUGUGUGUGUGUGUGUGCUUGAAAUCCGUUUCUCUGUCUUUAUUUGCUUGAAAACUGAGUCUACUGAGAACAUUUGUCAUUAAAUCAUCAGUCUUUGUUAGUCCAUAGAAAUGUAAAUUAAAAAUACACUUGAUGUUGAUCUGAGGUUAGUUUUCCUGUUCUGUGUUACUUGUUUUAUUUAUUUAUUUAUCAGAUGCUUUUAUCCAGUGCGUAUGUCUGUUGCGUAGUUGGUUCAUGUAUCUUCUUUUCCCUGUUUCUAUGGUGAUCUGCAAAAAAAAAACGAUUCAGAAGCUAAAAAACAGUGCAAGCUUGUGUUUUGUUUUUUAUUGAAACCGUAUGUACAUCCAUUUCUUUCAUAAUGCAGGAAAUCAUUUCUUUACAUCUUUACAGUGUUUCCUUUAAAAAAAAAAAAGAAGAAAAGAAAAAAGGAAAUCCAAAGACCAAAAUAACAGUGAAAGGAAUAUUAAAGGAACUCAAAUACAAACCCCAGAGAACCAGGAUAUCACUGCAUACACGACAGUCAUUCUGUCCACAGGCUGGCCACGCCCUAACACCCUCGC